AUGUCUCUUGUAGACGGAAAAGAAGUAUUAAAAACGAAUGAUAUUAAUCCAAAACAACGAACAAACUUACGUCAAUCACUUGGUACUAAUCUUGUUGAUCCUUAUUAUGCAUUUAAUCCCGAUUAUAUGGGUGGUAAUAUGCCAAAUGUACAACUUUAUCAAGGUAAUAUUGCCAGUGGUCUGUCAAGUUCAUGCACAUGCACGUGUGGUGAUAUGUCUUAUGGGCCACCAGCAUCAUGUGCAGGUCCUCAAGCAUGUGUAGCAUAUUGUUUACAAAUGUAUCCUGGUCAAUGUACACUUGUGAAUACAUAUGGUUGUUGUGGUUCAUCUUGUCAAUAUUUUCAAGCUCAAUCACUUGAAAAUCGUUAUUGUACAUGUAAUUGUGGUGGUCAACAAUUUCUCAAUCCAGUUAAUACAUGUAUAUCAUCACAAGCAUGUUUAACACGAUGUCUAACGGAUUUUCCUCAAGCAUGUACAACAGCAACAACUCAAGCUUGUUGUGGACAGGAUUGUCAAUCAUAUUCACAAGCAGUUUCAAAUGCAUGUGCUUGUACAUGUCAAGGAGCUAGUUAUUAUCCAUCACCAACAUGUACUACUCCUAACGGAUGUAUUAGUACAUGUAUGACGACUUAUGGUGAUUGUACUGCUGGUCAAACGCAAGGUUGUUGUGGAGCAUCAUGUUCAACAUUUGUACCAACAUGUACAUGUAAUUGUGGUCUAGAUUUUACAACAACAACUUCAAUUCCUUGUCAAAGUGGUCGUACAUGUUUAGAAACAUGUAUGAAUUCUUAUAGUGCAUGUACACAAGAUAAUACUCAAGCAUGUUGUGGUGUUGAUUGUAUUAAUUCAUUUCCAUCAUGUUCUUGUAUGUGUGGUUCAAAUCAAUAUACAACAUUAGCAUUAUCUUGUGGUUCACCACAACAAUGUGUACAAGCAUGUUUACAAUCAGUUGCUCAAUGUAAUGUCGCAAAUACUCAAGGUUGUUGUGGAAGUGAUUGUACAGGUUAUAUUCCAACAUGUCGCUGUCAAUGUGGUUCAAGUAUUUAUUAUACAACAUCAGUUUGUGUUAAUGCUGAACAAUGCACAAAUACAUGUAUUAGUCAAUUUGGUUUUGCUUGUACACCAACAAAUACAAUCGGUUGUUGUAAUGGAACUAUUUGUACAAAACGAAAUCGGUUUCUAGGAGUUAACAAAGCUUCAACAACAUUUCAAUUAUCAUAUAUUAUUAUAUUAUUAUCAAUGAGUUAUUUUUUAAAAUUCAUCUAA